AUGACAUCUCCCGCCCCUUUACUUCGCCCACCCAUACCCGGUGCCCGCUCACAAAGCGGCAGCCGCACACCACGACUUGGUCUCUCCAUACCCCCUUCUCCUCAUGCCAGGCCCGUGACCAACGGCGCUUCCGACGCUCAACAAAACCUCUCUCGUCCUGCCCCGCCGCAAUUGCGGCUUGCGACACCUCUGGGUAGCAGUCAUACCCCCCAUGAGGGUCGCCCGCAACCCAAAGGCUUGCCCCCAUUACAGAUUGGCCCCGGGCUUUCGGCAGGCGGCUCGAGCGAUGCCAGCGCGCACUCGCGGUCAGGCAGUUUCUCCGAGGCGCUGCCCAACGGAAACAAUUCUGCUGCUUCCUCGUACUCGGCAGCUUUGCCCUUCCCCAGCCUGCAAAUGCCCCUCCAAGGCUCCGAACCCAUAUCCGCCAUAUCACAAGGAGGGAGCGAGGGCGCCGCGCCCAUGGAGCGCCAGAACAGCCAACCGCCGUUACCUGAUCUGGAAAAAAUGGCUGCCGAGAAGGGCCGUCCGCUCGAUGUGGAGGAUCUGGAUGACGAAGGAUGGAGAGCCGCCAGUGCCAAGGGUAUGAUCGAACAGCGAGGCAGUCUAGGCGAAGGCGCUGGCGGUGCCGUCACCAAAGCCAUAUUGAAGGGCGGAAAGACAAUCUUUGCACUAAAGGUCAUUACGACGAACCCCGAUCCCGAUGUCAAGAGGCAGAUAAUGCGCGAGCUCGAGUUUAACAAGUCAUGCGCCAGCGAUCAUAUCUGCCGCUAUUACGGGGCUUUUACAGAUGACAGCACUGGCACCAUUAGCAUCGCCAUGGAAUUCUGCGAAGGUGGAUCGCUGGACUCGGUGUACAAAGAGGUGAAGAAACUAGGAGGUCGGACGGGCGAGAAGGUAUUAGGAAAGGUUGCCGAAGGCGUCCUGAACGGCCUCACCUAUCUUCACAGUCAUCGCAUCAUCCAUCGCGACAUCAAGCCAAGCAAUAUCCUCCUGUGCCGCGACGGUCAGGUCAAGCUCUGUGACUUUGGUGUGUCUGGCGAGUUCGGCACAAAGGGGGAUGCAAAUACCUUCAUCGGCACGUCCUACUACAUGGCGCCAGAACGCAUUACAGGCCAGAGUUAUACCAUCACCAGUGAUGUGUGGAGUCUCGGUGUCACGCUCCUCGAGGUAGCCCAGAACCGAUUUCCUUUCCCCGCAGAUGGCACCGAAAUGAAUCCGAGGGCCGGCCUCAUUGAUCUCCUCACGUAUAUUGUACGGCAGCCCAUUCCCAAACUCAAGGACGAGCCCGAAAACAAGAUCCGUUGGUCGGAUAACUUCAAGUAUUUCAUCGACUGUUGCCUUGAGAAAGAAAUGCCCCGACGAGCAACUCCUUGGCGCAUGCUCGACCAUCCGUGGAUGGUAGAAAUCAAGAACAAGAAGGUCAACAUGGCUCAUUUCCUAAAACAAGUUUGGGACUGGAAGGACUAAUCUAAUGCUGAACGAUUUGGGCAACCGUGAAACCUGGGCAGCCUUCUUCGAUUCUACAUUUUCUUCGCCCAC